AUUAAUCGGGAUGAUAGAAAGGCACUCAAAUUUAGACUUGAUACCUUGAAAAAGGCAGAAAAAAAACGGUUAAUGCAAAAACACCUUUCUGAAUGGGACUAUAAGACACGAGAAGCAAAAGGUUUAACGAUUAAAGUUCCAAUGCCUAAUUCACCAAAUUUCUCUUCAUCUUUUUACUCAGAUUCUAGCGAUACUGGAAGUCUAACAGGGGGUAUGCGCCAAAAAUUUGAUACAAUCCAUAGACAUAGUAGAAGAACUAGUGAUAUUUUGGGCGAUAUUGGAGAGGAAUUACAUUCUAGCGACAAUGAGGAUAGUGGAAAUUCAUCAAACUCCAUAAUUAUUGAAGGUACGUCUAAUAUUGAUAUACCGCCCCUAUUUAAUGACUCGAAUUCUUCUAGUUCAGAUGAUGAGGAAAUUCGAAGUUCUUCUUCAGAUGAUGAUAUUCAUGCACGUUGUAGGCAAAUACAUAUUCAGAAUAUUAGAUUACGACGCAAAGCUGAACAAGAUUUACUAGAAUGCC